CACCAACAUGGCUGCUGCUGCCUCUGUGACUAGCCUGGCUGAUGAGGUCAACUGCCCCAUCUGCCAAGGCACCCUGAGAGAGCCGGUUACCAUUGAUUGUGGCCACAACUUCUGUCAUGGCUGCCUCACCCGCUACUGCGAGAUCCCAGGUGGGGACCCAGAGGAGCCCCCAACCUGCCCACUCUGCAAGGAACCCUUCCGCCCAGGGGACUUCCGGCCCAACUGGCAGCUAGCAAGCGUGGUGGACAACAUCGAGCGCCUCAAGCUGGUGUCCUUGCCAGACUCGGCAGAGGAGGACAUCUGUCAAGAGCACGGAGAGAAGAUCUACUUCUUCUGUGAGAAUGACGAGAUGCAGUUGUGCGUGGUGUGCCGGGAGGCCAAGGAGCACCGGGCCCACACUGUGCGCUUCCUGGAGGAUGCGGCAAGGCCAUACAGGGAACAAAUACAGAAAUGUCUUUCAUGUCUAAGGAAAGAGAGAGAGGAGAUUCAAUGGAUCCAGUCAAGAGAAAAUCAAAGGAUACAAGUCCUCCUGACUCAGGUGGCCACCAAGAGACAAAAGGUAGUUACCGAGUUUGCACAUCUGAGCCAAUUCCUGGAGGAACAAAAGAGCAUCCUCUUAGCCCAGUUAGAAACCCUGGAUGGGGACAUCUUAAAGCAACAAGAAGAAUUUGACUUUCUGGUCACUGGGGAGAUCUACCGAUUCAGCACUCUGAUUGCAGAGCUGGAGGAGAAGAAUGAGAAGCCGGCAAGGGAGCUCCUGACGGAUAUCAGGAGCACUCUAAUAAGAUGUGAAUCCAGAAAGUGUCGGAAACCAGAGGCUGUGUCUGCUGAGCUUGGCCAGAGGAUUCGGGAUGUCCCCCAGCAUGCCCUCCCACUGCAGAGGAAGAUGAAGAUGUUUUUGGAAAAAAUCUGCUUUGAGUUGGACUAUGAGCCAGCCCACAUUUCUCUAGACCCUCAGACAUCCCACCCCAAGCUCCUCUUGUCUGAGGAUCAUCAGCAGGCUCGGUUCUCCUACAAAUGGCAGAACUCACCAGAAAAUCCCCAGCGUUUUGACCGGGCCACCUGUGUUCUCGCCCAUGGAGGCUUCACAGGAGGGAGACACACAUGGGUGGUGAGUGUAGAAUUGGCUCAUGGGGGUAGUUGCACUGUGGGUUUGGUGAGUGAAGAUGUGCGACGGAAGGGAGAGCUGCGGCUGCGGCCAGAGGAGGGAGUGUGGGCAUUGAGGCUGGCAUGGGGCUUUGCUUCAGCUCUGGGCUCCUUCCCCACGCGGUUGGCCCUGGAGGAGCAUCCUCGGAAAGUGCGUGUAUCUCUGGACUAUGAGGUGGGCUGGGUGGCCUUCACCAAUGCUGCCACCCAUGAACCCAUUUAUACCUUCACAGCCUUCUUCACUGGAAAGGUCUUUCCCUUCUUUGGGCUUUGGGGCCGAGGGUCCAGUUUCUCCCUGAGCUCCUGA